GAGUAAAACAAGCAAAUCAUUUAAAUCACGGCCUGGUGAUAAUAUUGCAAAAAGUGGCCACAAGAUGUGCAACGCCGACACCAAACCUACAUGCAACCGACUUUGUUAUCGCCUACUAGUAUUAAUUGACUGACGUAAACGCAAAACGUCAAACUAAAGCGCGGUCUUUGACGGUGUUUACUGCGAAAGUAGCACAGUCCGAAAUAGAACAAGUUAAUCGAUUUUUAAACAUCAGGCACUAGAAUCAGGGAAAUGGAUUCGACACACGAUUAUCAGUUUUUGGAUUAUUUUAAGAAGAAGAGGGUUAAAUUAACUUUGACAAACUGCUCUUCGUAUUUUGGGACAGUGCAGCGAAUAAACCUUAACAGAACAGUCAUUUUGGAAGAAGUUGUAGAUGCUGAAUCUGGAAGGAACCUGCAAGGAGUUAAACUUUUUUUUGGACAUGAAAUCCAAAAUGUGGAGUUCCCUUUUCCCAAGGACCACAGUGGAAGUAGGUGCUCCACAUCUGGUGAUUAUCGAAUCAGCCCAGCAGAGCGAGACUCGGACGUGCCCUACAGAAUCAAGGAGGGGCAGCUGACCAUAGCUGAGUUUCAGCCCUACAGAAAGAGUAUGGAUGACGAAGAGGAAAAUGUCGACUUUGUGGUUAUAGAUCAGUUUCAAGAGAAAUUUGGACCUGCCAUCAUUCACAUUCAGAAUCAGCGAGUGAUUGGAGUUGGGGUUGAUGGGGUUGGCAUCUCUCAACAUGAAAGGGUCUGCUGGAUGCAGAUCUCUACAAAGAAUCAGAUUUAUCUGUUUGACAUUCUGCUGCUCGGGGCACGAGCAUUUAAGAAUGGGCUGACAAGGAUUCUGGAAGAUAGCAACAUAUUAAAGGUGAUCCAUGAUUGUCGAGGUAUCUCAGGCUGUUUGUACCAUCAAUACGCAGUUAACCUGGCCAACAUCUUUGAUACACAGGUUGCAGACGUGAUGCUCUUCCACAUGGAAACGGGUGGCUUCCUACCAGAGCGAGUCAGCACUCUUGAGGAGUGCAUUAUCCGCCACCUGAAAAUAGCCUCGUUCCGCCUCUCAUCCUUAAAGCUGAAAGCACAGCUAGCUGAGGAGAACAGCGAGGUGUGGUACGUGCGUCCUUCCCCGGUCUCUCUGCUGAGAGCGAUGGCCUUGUCAGUGAUUCAUCUGCAGCCUCUGCGCCUGGUCCUGCUGGACGCACUGAUGUCCGAUUACACCAGCCUGGUGGACACCUACCUGAGCGUGUUUCGGGAGGAACCUGUUGAUAUCCAAACAGGCAGUCAGAAUACCAGCCUUGAACUUCCCAAAGAGCUUCAGGAGCUGGAGUUCAUGCAGAAACAACGGCGAGAGUGGGCCCUGGAACACUACAAAGUGAACGAAGAUGGUCUCCUUGUCAGGUCUGACCCCAAACCCCUUAAGAAAUCUCCAGGGGGCAGUGCACAGCCUCUUAGUGUAGAUAGACCACAAAGCCAUGAACCCCCUGUUGUGGAAGCAGACGCAGAUGCUGAAAGCAUUGCAAGUCUGGCGGAGAAGGACCCAACUGAAAUACACAAGCCCAUGAAUCAAAAGAAAAAUGAGCCCUCUGACCAGGAUCAGGGCGUUAGUUGUGUCUCCAAGAAAUCUGAGCAACCUGAAGUUGAGAUCAGUGAAGCUGCAGAUGAAUUUAAGGGGGCUACUGAAGCAAGUGGGUGGGAUUAUGUCAACCUGGAACAGAGCUCUACUCAUACCCUAAAAUCAGGGAUUUCUGAAGGAUCCCCCAAAAGUAAAAAAUUCCAGUCUCCUGUGAAAGAUCCACUGACAGAGAUGCCCAUUUCAUCUCAAGAAGAUAGCAGACCAUUGGAGAUAGUAUGCUCUGGGAUUGCUGAGAUUUCUGAAGAGUCUCAUGGAGAUAAGAAACCCCAGGUCACCAAGGAGGAUGCACAGGCAGGGUUAACAGUUUCUUCUCUAGAAGAAAGCAGUUCAGAGGUGGUUGUGAGUCCAGGCAUUGCAAAAGCUCAUGGAGUAGCUCAAGAAGACAGUGCUUCACAACCCAUGUACCUUUCAGCAGGAAGAGGUCUCUUUUUUCAGAAACCAGCAUGUAGCUCACUCCCUCUGAAUUUAUCCUUUGGAGCAUUACUGAGGAAGGUGGGACAUUGAGGGCUGAGCCUUGGUCUUCCUUCAGAAAGCAGUCCGCAUUUGUAGACCUGUAGUUGCAGUUCAAUGUGUUGGUUGUUAUGAGAGGAGACACUGGUCUAGCAUUGGCAGCCAAUAUUGUUGAAUUAAGAUUGGUUGUUUUAAAAAGAAAAACCCUCAACUCAGUGGGUUUUUAAAUGUUAGGGUCAGCAUUCCUUUAGUAUGUUUAUAUAAAUGUGUUUGUUGUCACCAGUUUAAUCCCAUUUGCUGAUAGGCAGUGUCUUAUUUUUGAGCAAGAAUUGUCUUGCAGUAAAAAGAAAGGCAGUCUAAGUUUGACUCUUGCAGUGUAACAUUUGUUACAUGUUCCAAAUUAUUAUUAUUUUUUUUCAGAAGCAUUUCUUCAGUGAUAUUGCCCUAAAGUCUAAGAUUAUCAUUCAUACAGUUAAAAUGUAAAAUGCAUUAUAAUUUUGUUAUGGCUGUUUGUAAACAAAUUGAUUAUAUGCUGGGGGUUUUGUAAAGAGUGGCAUCUUACAGGAUAGUUAUUUUUCUUGAAUUGUAAGUGCCUGUUGAACACAUAGUGGCAAACUAUCCUGCAAGGUGCUAAAUAUUUCUAACUUUUUGACCAAUGCAUGCUACUUUCAUUGGAACCCAUGAACAGCUUAAUGGCAUUGAACAGGAGGUGGCAGCAGAUUGAAAAAAUCUAAAAUUAUUUUCAAGGAUCAGUUUUGGUACUUGCAAUUAUAUGUUACUGUUACCAAAGCAACUGAAGCUAAAACAGAUUUCAUUUGGUAAGAUAGCAACAUUUUGUUGGUAAACAAUAGAUUGAAAUUUUCAUUUUGGGAAGAAAAAAAACCCUGCUAUUUUGUAUGUUUUAAGUUGCCACUGAAACCUAAAAACCGUAAACAGAAACUUUUUCAAAACACAGAAUGUAAAAUACCUGAAAGGAGCGAUAUUUAAAUUAGACUGAAAAGCAGUUUCAAGUGUAUACUUUAUGCAGUGGCUUGUUCUUCAUUUGAGUAAUUGUAUUAUUUGCAUUAUGUGUGGUUCACUUUGUAUGAAGUCAGAUAUGAUUAGAAUAUUGUUCAAAUGUUGCAAGAAAUCCUUUAUUAAACAGUUAUCUUUU